CAUUUGGAAGCUAAAAUGUUACCCAAAGUAAUUUGGGCACUAACAAUUUUUGUUUUAUGGGAAUAUGUUCUCACAUUAUCACUAAGCAACGAUAACAUUAAAAGUGAUGACAUUCUCAAAAUCAACCAAUCUACUAAAAAGAAAUCAAACAAUAAACAACCGACAAAAAGAUUAAUAAGAAAGUGUGAUAGUAUUCAUUAUGGAAGCCAAAAAACUAAUUUAGAGUUGAAAAAUAUUGAAAAUCAGUUUGUACUGACACCAAGUUUUAAAAGUGAAAAAAUUACCGAUCAAUAUAUAUUUGGACAACGUAUAAGAAAAAUUGAAAAUAUUAAAACACCUUGUGAAGAUAACUCUGAGUUUACAUCACAUAGUCAAAAUAUUGAAACAAAAGACUUAAUAAAACCAUUAAUAAUCAAAAAAGAAAAUAUACCAAACUUUAAUACAUAUAAUCAAGAUUCAUUUCUACCAGAAAAAACAUUUUUCAGACCUGUUUUCGUAAAACCUAAACCAAUUAUAGUUGAAUUUACAAAUAAACCAAAACCAAAACCAACACAGACAUCAAUUAAACAACCCAUAAAAGAAGAAAAUGAAUUAACCUCAAAACCUCAAAAGCCACAACUAAUAUACGAGAAACCUCAAAUUCCAUGUGAAGAAGAAAAAGAAACUUAUCAUCCACCAUCUAAUUCUGGAUGGGGCAAUCAAAUAAACCAACCAUCUGUUCCAUCAUUGCCAGAACAAGAAAAUAUAAAACCAUCACCAGAAGUACCUUGUGAAGAAGAAGUACAAGCAUCCUCUCCAGCUCCACCACCACCACCACCACCUGGUCCUGUUCACACUAUUCCUAAUCAGCCAGCCAGUAUAUCAUGGGGAGGAAUAUCAAAUCCAUCUAGUGUUUCAUGGGGUCAUCACUUGAAUUUACCUUCUGGUCCAUUAAUAAGUCCAUUCAAGCCACCUAGUAUUUCUUGGGGUGGCCAGAUAAACCAACCAUCUGUUCCAUCUUUGCCAGAACAAGAAAAUAUAAAACCAUCACCAGAAGUACCUUGUGAAGAAGUACAAGCAUCCUAUCCAGCUCCAUCACCACCACCACCACCACCCGGUCCUAUUCAAACUAUUCCUAAUCAGUCAGGCAGUAUAUCAUGGGGAGGAAUAUCAAAUCCAUCUAGUGUUUCAUGGGGUCAUCACUUGAAUUUACCUUCUGGUCCAUUAAUAAGUCCAUUCAAGCCACCUAGUAUUUCUUGGGGUGGCCAGAUAAACCAACCAUCUGUUCCAUCUUUGCCAGAACAAGAAAAUAUAAAACCAUCACCAGAAGUACCUUGUGAAGAAGAAGUACAAGCAUCCUCUCCAGCUCCACCACCACCACCACCACCUGGUCCUGUUCACACUAUUCCUAAUCAGCCAGCCAGUAUAUCAUGGGGAGGAAUAUCAAAUCCAUCUAGUGUUUCAUGGGGUCAUCACUUGAAUUUACCUUCUGGUCCAUUAAUAAGUCCAUUCAAGCCACCUAGUAUUUCUUGGGGUGGCCAGAUAAACCAACCAUCUGUUCCAUCUUUGCCAGAACAAGAAAAUAUAAAACCAUCACCAGAAGUACCUUGUGAAGAAGAAGUACAAGCAUCCUCUCCAGCUCCACCACCACCACCACCACCUGGUCCUGUUCACACUAUUCCUAAUCAGCCAGCCAGUAUAUCAUGGGGAGGAAUAUCAAAUCCAUCUAGUGUUUCAUGGGGUCAUCACUUGAAUUUACCUUCUGGUCCAUUAAUAAGUCCAUUCAAGCCACCUAGUAUUUCUUGGGGUGGCCAGAUAAACCAACCAUCUGUUCCAUCUUUGCCAGAACAAGAAAAUAUAAAACCAUCACCAGAAGUACCUUGUGAAGAAGAAGUACAAGCAUCCUCUCCAGCUCCACCACCACCACCACCACCUGGUCCUGUUCACACUAUUCCUAAUCAGCCAGCCAGUAUAUCAUGGGGAGGAAUAUCAAAUCCAUCUAGUGUUUCAUGGGGUCAUCACUUGAAUUUACCUUCUGGUCCAUUAAUAAGUCCAUUCAAGCCACCUAGUAUUUCUUGGGGUGGCCAGAUAAACCAACCAUCUGUUCCAUCUUUGCCAGAACAAGAAAAUAUAAAACCAUCACCAGAAGUACCUUGUGAAGAAGAAGUACAAGCAUCCUCUCCAGCUCCACCACCACCACCACCACCUGGUCCUGUUCACACUAUUCCUAAUCAGCCAGCCAGUAUAUCAUGGGGAGGAAUAUCAAAUCCAUCUAGUGUUUCAUGGGGUCAUCACUUGAAUUUACCUUCUGGUCCAUUAAUAAGUCCAUUCAAGCCACCUAGUAUUUCUUGGGGUGGCCAGAUAAACCAACCAUCUGUUCCAUCUUUGCCAGAACAAGAAAAUAUAAAACCAUCACCAGAAGUACCUUGUGAAGAAGAAGUACAAGCAUCCUCUCCAGCUCCACCACCACCACCACCACCUGGUCCUGUUCACACUAUUCCUAAUCAGCCAGCCAAUAUAUCAUGGGGAGGAAUAUCAAAUCCAUCUAGUGUUUCAUGGGGUCAUCACUUGAAUUUACCUUCUGGUCCAUUAAUAAGUCCAUUCAAGCCACCUAGUAUUUCUUGGGGUGGCCAGAUAAACCAACCAUCUGUUCCAUCUUUGCCAGAACAAGAAAAUAUAAAACCAUCACCAGAAGUACCUUGUGAAGAAGAAGUACAAGCAUCCUCUCCAGCUCCACCACCACCACCACCACCUGGUCCUGUUCACACUAUUCCUAAUCAGCCAGCCAGUAUAUCAUGGGGAGGAAUAUCAAAUCCAUCUAGUGUUUCAUGGGGUCAUCACUUGAAUUUACCUUCUGGUCCAUUAAUAAGUCCAUUCAAGCCACCUAGUAUUUCUUGGGGUGGCCAGAUAAACCAACCAUCUGUACCAUCAUUGCCAGAACAAGAAAAUAUAAAACCAUCACCAGAAGUACCUUGUGAAGAAGAAGUACAAGCAUCCUCUCCAGCUCCACCACCACCACCACCACCUGGUCCUGUUCACACUAUUCCUAAUCAGCCAGCCAGUAUAUCAUGGGGAGGAAUAUCAAAUCCAUCUAGUGUUUCAUGGGGUCAUCACUUGAAUUUACCUUCUGGUCCAUUAAUAAGUCCAUUCAAGCCACCUAGUAUUUCUUGGGGUGGCCAGAUAAACCAACCAUCUGUACCAUCAUUGCCAGAACAAGAAAAUAUAAAACCAUCACCAGAAGUACCUUGUGAAGAAGAAGUACAAGCAUCCUAUCCAGCUCCAUCACCUGGUCCUGUUCACACUAUUCCUAAUCAGCCAGCCAGUAUAUCAUGGGGAGGAAUAUCAAAUCCAUCUAGUGUUUCAUGGGGUCAUCACUUGAAUUUACCUUCUGGUCCAUUAAUAAGUCCAUUCAAGCCACCUAGUAUUUCUUGGGGUGGCCAGAUAAACCAACCAUCUGUUCCAUCUUUGGUCGGUUCAUUAAGUCCUUCAAUUGUUUCAAUUGGUGUUGCUCAUAAACCUCAUCAUGGAUCAGUUGUCGGUUCAUUAAGUCCUUCAGUUGUUUCAUUUGGUGGUGCUUAUAAACCUCAUCAUGGUUCAGUGGUCGGUUCAUUAAGUCCUUCAAUUGUUUCAAUUGGUGGUGCUCAUAAACCUCAUCAUGGUUCAGUUGUCGGUUCAUUAAGUCCUUCAGUUGUUUCAUUUGGUGGUGCUUAUAAACCUCAUCAUGGUUCAGUAAGUCUUUCAAGUUUAGCUUGGUUUACUGGUUUUAAACCUUCUAUAAAUCAAGUUCAAUCAGUACAAGGAAUUGCAAAACCGAAACCUUGUAAAGAAAACACUCAAUCAAAACCAAAACCAGGACACACCAUUUCAAAUCAAGUAUCUAGUAUAACAUUAGAUAGCAUUCAUAAACCCUUUUUUGGACUAGUAAAACCAAUACAAGGCUCUUCUAAUCAAUUAACAAGCGUAACUUGGGGAGGUAUAACUAAGCCUUCUUUUGAUUUUACAAAGCCACAUAACAGUCUUAUGUAUUCGCCUACAAAUGUAGUAUGGAGUAGUAUUAUCAAACCUCAAUCUGGGAAAUUUCAAGGUUUAAUUAAGCCUCCAUCAAGUUUAACAUUAAGUAGUGUGAUUCAAUCACAUACAGUUGGUUAUAAACCAUUAUAUNUAAUAAUAAUAAUUUAUUAA